CAUCGUUGGUGGGAUACUCGCGAAAGCUAUCUCUUGAAAUCCGAGCACAGUUUCCUCGUGAUUUUCAUUGACAACGCUCCUUCUCUCCGGGCUCAACGACUGUCCAUUCUAACAGUUGUACAUUCAUCGUUGAUAUCGCGAAACCUAUUUCUUUGUUGAGGAUGACCGACAAGAAUCGUGAGGAGCUGAGUUCGUUUCGCCCCGGAGAUGUGGUCGAGACCAUCUAUGGUGUUGGAGUUAUAGUUUCUCGUCCGCCAGAAUCAAUCGACGCGAGCGACGAAAAUGGUGUUUCGUCCUUGUUUUAUCGAGUGUUGUUGUGGAGGGCUGCGGGACGGUCGAUUGGAUCGUCGUCUACUGCCAGUUUGCGUCCCGAAGCCUUGCUUAGAAAAAUGCCUGCGGCUCCCGGAAUGAUUACCACCAAAAGAGAAUCAUUGGAAGUAACAAGAGCAGAAAACGACGAAAAAGAACAGCCCCAAAAGUACAUGGUUCAGGCGUAUUAUUCCGAUCGUCAAGUGUAUCGAAUUGUUCCGAUUGGUUCGGAGAAAUCUGAAAAACCAGACGAAUCUACGAGCAACAAAGAUGGCGACGUGCCUGCAUUAAAUAGGCGCCUGUCUCGACUUUCGAUUGUUAUGAGCGCGUCUCAAUUAGAUGAAUCCAAUCUAGCAAUACCGGAAGAGGUGUCGAUAGAUGAGUUGGCGGAAAGUGCUCCCUGUGCCAAGUUCUAUCCCCUGCUGGUGCAGCUGAUAGAACGAGGAAAUAAGGCAGCAUCUGCAACGAAAAAUUUUAUAAGCGAUAAUUACAACCGGGACGAAGUCAAAGAGCUGAAAGAACAGGUGACGGGGGUCGCCAAACAAGCCACUCCGUAUCUGAAAGAACAAACACAGAAAAUUGGUUUGCACCUCGACAAGGUUAAGUCCACAGCAACGACUGCCGUGGCUGAUCCGGAAACACAGGCACAAAAAGUAAAAGAUGUUGUUUCUGAUUCGAGCGACAAGAUUGCUCUGAAAGUAAAACAAACCGCUGAAACUGAAGAGGUACAGCAACUCAUGGAAAUGCUGAAGACAGAAGAUUUGACAGUACUUUUGGAGAAAGGAAAGGAGCGAUUGGAGCAAUUGUUGAAUGAUGACAUUCCUCGGAAUACUCAAAUAGCGUUAGAAAAAGCAGGAGUUCGUAUUGUGCUUGACGACGACCUAGAUGAUGAAAGAGAAACAAGCAUGUACAAAAAAACUGUGGUGAAAUCUCGUAAAGCGGCCCUAGCUGCAAUGCAAACAGUGCUCGAUCAAGCAAAUGUAAAUCCAGAUGAUGUUCAGGCAAUUCAAAAAUCUCUUAGCGAUAAUUUUGGAAGUAUGCUUGACAGUUGGACAGAAGCAGCGAAAUCCGAUCGAACGCUAAGCGGUUUGUUAGAUACUGUCAACGAUCAAACGGCCGCAUGGCAAGAGGCUACGGGACGACUCUUGAACACGCGGUCGGCCGGUAUCUUUUUGGACGGUGCCAGCCGCAUCCAGGCAAGAGCAAAAAAUUUGUUUAGCAAGGAUCAGUUGCAGUGGGCAGGUGAAGUUGGAUCUAAAUUUACUAAAGCUUUUACUGAAGGUGAUGCUGCCGUUGCGAGACUGAAAUCGAUUGAGCUUGGAGAUUCUGUGCGGGAUCGUCUGGUGUCGGCUAUCGAGGUACGAUCCGAGUCCUUGGGAGGUUUGGAUGGCAUCAUUGCAGGCGCAUUAACGGCUGUGAACCAAAAUGUGGAAGGCAUAGCCGACAAGGUAGCGGGUGGCGUUCAGAAGCACGCGGGGCCCGGUGAAGAUGGCGAUCAUAUGCAGAAGAUGCUGACCAACCUGCAAUCACGUGCGUCAUCCUUGACAGCUGAUUCGAACGAGACCUUGAUUUCUGUCUUGGCUCGACAGAACCAAUACCGGGAUGUUGCAUUGUUAAAGGUUGAACAAGUAAUGUGCGAUUUGGAUUCGCAUUUUGGUGAAGACCUCUCUGCCGAAGACAUAGCAUCUAUUGCUCAGGGAGAAGGAGGAACAGCGAAACUCUUCGAUCCCAUUGCCAAGCGUGCUGCGAAGGAAAUUGAGAAACAAUUGGAUUCUGCGGAAUCGUCAGUCUCUGAUCCUACGAUAUUGGAAGUUCUUCAACACGUCAGGAAGAUUGUUUCGGGUGAGUUGACUGUAUCUGCGGUCCUCGACGAAGUGGUGAACGUUCUAAACGAUGAUAAGGUAGUGGCUGUAGGUGAAAACCUAGUAAAACAUGGCGAGAAAGUCUUGGAUGCCAUUGAAGGAGUGAAUGGCAACAAGGUUGUCGACGAUGCGAUGAGAAUUGCUGAAAAAGCUGGUAUUACAAAGGACACCGUCAUGGAAGGAAUCGAGGCAAUCGAUGUCAAUGAAUUGCUUGAUAAUGCUGGUAAUGCUAUCACAGAUGAAAAGGCGCGUCAAAAACUACUAUCUGAUGCUACCGAUACCGCCCUGGAUUUCAUUCUGAAGGUACUACCGUCGAUGCCAGUUCCUCCUGUGGAAGGGGUCAAAGAUGGAUUGGUUUAUAAAAUUUCGAAUCUUUCUAUGGAAGGGUUUAAAGUCAGAAAAGAAAACAUCAUUGUAGAAAUUGCAGGAAUGAGAGCAACCAAGAGAGUGAAGAAGAAGAGUCCUGUAAUACAAGAAGUGAGUGAAGAUGAUGCGCCCGUCUGGCUCCAGGUGGCUGCAGAUGAGGCAUCGAGUUGGGCCGGACUUUCGAGACAAAGCAGUUCUGACAGUAUGGAUUUCGAGACGACGAUCGAUGAAAAUGUUGUUGUCAAUGCAACCGAGUUAUUGAUUAUCGACGUUAGCGAUAUUUCAGCCCUUAUGAAUGAUGUAAACUGGUCCUUCGAACAAACGUAUAUGCCAUACUUAAAAGGAAGUGGUAAAUUUGAUGUGAACAUGUCAGGAGGGGCCAUUCGACUGGUAUUCGAACUUCGAAAACGACCCAAAAAAGAUAAAAGUGGAGAAGGUGAAGAGUGGGAGCCAGUUUUGUGCCUUCACGAUCGCCUAUGUUCAAUUGGCUCUGUGGAUUUCAAUAUGCAUGGAGGAAGUAAGAUGGCGUGGGUUAUCAAUAAGGUAGCAUCCGUGUUCAAGAACCUUUUGCGCGACUAUGUUGUACGAGCCAUUUUACAGAUCAUGACCGAAAAGUCUGGUUGGAUCUUGAGCAAACUGAACCAAGGUCUUAGCCCCUUCUGGGACGUCCUCUUGCGAACUGCCAAACUUGAAUUGGGAGAUCUUGAAGUCGCGACUAAAGAGAGUAUUGUGGAAGCCAGUCCUGAACCCGAUAGCACGUUGGUCGAACUGGUGUGGCGAGAGCACCUCCCUCUUGGUAUGAAUUUACUGCUGAAUGACGAGAGUGGACAAUUGAAAAUUGUAGAUUUUCCGAGAGGUAGUCAGGCACGUACUGUGUGCGAAGCUCGAAAGUUAGACCCUGAAGGAUUCAAAGGAGCAACAAUUGUUGCCGUGAACGGGAUCCGAUACCAGACUGAGGACGAGUUAUUUGAUGCCUUGCGAGAUCCGAGUCGUCCCAAGACGAUCCAAUUCGAAUUAGCAGAAUCAGAGGAUGCUGAACGAAUAAGAAAGUUUGUAGAGGAAAGUGAAGCGCGACAAAACCCAGACAAAAGCAACGCCCAAAAACCAACAGUUUCCGCAGAUGAUCGCGACAUUUCAACACGCGAAGUCGAUUUUACAGAUGACAUGGACUUAGGCCUUGAAUUCGCCAAUGCCCCAGACAAUGUAGGCUUGGUUGUCAGGAAGUUUUUGGAAAGCGAAGAUGGAUUAGUAUUGGCCGCAGAACGGAAGAAGGACAAAAUCCAUGUGGGAGAUUUGUUAACUCAUGUGAACGGCAAACUCGUCAUUGGAGAAAAUGGAGCGGGAAGACGUUUAGCGUUGAAGCUGAUAGAAUCAGAAGGCAAGGAACGUCCGCUUCGGCUCACUUUUGCAGAUCCUUAUCUUCAUCCAAUUGUCUACGAACAAAGCGAAAGUCUUCCAUUUGUUCUUGGUGGUCCUGAGGAGCUGGUGCUGAAGGAAGACAGAGAGAAUAAGCGCAUUGUACUGGAUGGUUUUAAAGAAGUUGACGGCGUAUCAGAAAAGGGAGGAGUCCUUCUAGGCGACCAUCUUGUAUUUGUAAAUGGUGUCACAGUUGGUGCAGGAUGUCGGUGGAUGGGAGAGCGCUCUUCUCCGACAUUGGUUGAAGUGGAUAGAAUGCUGCGGGAUAAAUCGAAUUACCCGAUUGGGUUGACUUUUGCUCGACCAAAACGGCAAAAUGAAGCGCAGGCGCGCGAUUGGACUUCUACCUUGUUGGGCACUCCAACCAAAAAGGAAAUACAAAUGGAGAACUCUGACACUAUUUGUGUCUCGGCAGACUCUUACGAGCAGUUGGGUUUGGAUCUCGAACUGAAGACGUACUCUGACAUCAUUGUCAAGGACUUGAAGGGGAUCGUUGGCCCGUUACAACUCUCUACGCAAAGGCUUCGGGACCCUCAAAAUGACACCUAUAGCCAUUUGUCUGUCGACUAUAUCAAUGGAGAAUUUGUUCCUUCCUUCGCAACCCCACAUCUUGUGAAAAGCGCUAUGGAACGAAGCUGGAAGACCGAAAAACAAGUAGAGGUUAUCUUCUGUGACAACGAUAUGAAAAAAUUCGUAUUGAAUCUAAAAGAUCAAGACGCAAACUAAAUGGAUAAUCGAUAGAUUUUGACAAUUAUU